AUGGCCUCGCGUAUAAUCCCCAACAUCCUGGAUCCGCUCAGUUCAUCCGCGCUGAACAAACUCCACGAACCGACCCCUCCACCCAUAAAGAAGCGGAAAAGAGGCGAUCAAGAGGAGGUAAACGAUACUGCUGGACAGCUUGCUACUUCUUCCAUCGUCAUAAGAGCUCACUCGGCGUCUUUAUCUGACGAACCCUUAAUUCUUGAACCAAUUACCGCCCUCCCCCGCACAAGGCUACCCCUCUCGUGGCUCGACGACACGCCCGCCUCCCGAUCCGAUGAGCAACCAGGCGGCCUUUUCACCGCGGACAUCCCCUCGCUAGAAGUUGACCUGCGCGCAAAGGCGGAACCUACUGUCCUCGCUGUGCGCCUGGUGCCCAAUGGCGGGCUCUACAUUAUCGAGAGGGUGAAGAGGGGCAUAUACUCGCUCUCCAAGCUUGCCCGAUGGGUGCACGAGGGCAAUCUCGUUGUUGCGGCCAAGGGGUGGCAUGGAGCUGACGCGGCGGAGGUGGAUAGCGUAGCUGUCGACGAGAUCGGUGCUGUUCCCGAUGGGUUUGACUGGUGGCAGGUUGCUCAGAUUGAUGAGCCCCUCUCCGAUGUUGAGAUGGGCGAAAAGUCUGCUGGGCUGGAUAUUGCGGUUGUCUUUGGUCCGUCUGAGUCUGAUCUUGGGAACGCUGAGACAUCCUUUGUGAGUGUUGUUGAGCACCGGAGUCAUUCGCUUGCUCCGUCGAGGAGCUUCGAUGCCGCUGAGGGGGGUUCAUUCUUGCUUCCUGAAUCCCAGGGAUUGGGGGAUGUUGCUACGGCUAUGGAUGUUGAUGGUGUUGAUUCCAAUGUCGUGGAUGUGCAACAGUCCCCCGAGGAGUUACUGGACGGGAUGAGAGAUCACUAUCUGCAGGCUCUCUACGUUUCAAAGACUUCUGUGGCGUACUUUGCGAAGGGCCCGUUGACACGCUGCCGGACUGCUUUCCAGGCUCGUGACUCGGAACAGCCUCACGGCUCGACGGAGCUGAUUGAAUCUUACCGUGAGGCUAUCCUCGCCACAAAGAAAAUGGACCUCAAAUACAGAGAAACAUUGCCAUCGACAAUUCGCGAUGCAGUUCUUGCGCUUUCUGAUGAUGGCGCGAAAUCUAAGAAGCGGAAGAGUAAGAAAAAGAAAAUGGGCAAGAACGGUCUUUACCCAGAGGAGGAAGGAUUCAUCCACAGGUGGUGGAAGGACAGGGUCUUAAAUGAGUCUUCUGCGCAGGGAACGUCGCGCGAAGCAGAGUCUAAGAAACAGAUUUCGGAUCUCCGGCUCCGCGAGACACAAUUGCAGAUCCUGCUGAUUUUGGAGGUCAUGGUGUUGGAAAUGACCAUUACUUCGGCAGAGAAAAACAGCACUAACAAGGAGAAAGAUGUAAACGGGGAGCAAGAUACGUCGAAGAAAGCCAAGCCUAAGAAGCCCACGGAUUUAAACGUGCUGCUUGAACUCCAUCUCGAUCGGAUGUGCAUUUGGCACGCUGUGACAAUGGAAGAAACGUCUGCCGCCGAUACAGCAAAGACUUCUUCUUUCAAUAGCAGCCAUCUUUCAGGCAAGAAAGUCGAGAGCGAUGCGGUGCGUGACUUCUGCACGGAAGUCAUCAUUCCAUUCUAUGCUGCGCGUCUCCCGGACAAAUGCAAGUUGAUCACCCGCAAGUUCGGCGUAUCUGGCGGUAUCUCCCCAGCUGCUAAGAAGACACAAUCUUCGAGUAAAUCACACCGCGUGGAACCCGGUGCGGAAGUCAAGCGACAACAGCCUGCACCGAAGCCCCGACGAACAUUGCAGCGAGUACUUACGGACGAUAAAGCGGCAGCGUCCCAUGCUCGACACCCAGGACUGACUCGAUCCAACACUGCGCCGAGCCAGCAUAAUGCGAAGCGCGAUAUUGAGCCCCUGCUGCCCACUGUACUCAGCGGCAGUGUCCGGGGUGGCAUUCAGAAAGCAAAACGGACGGAAAACCGCGAGGUUGAUCUUAACGCCGUAGCACGACAGCAUGAGACCAAAUUGAGAAAGGUCCAAAUGCUGGCCAACCAGAAGAGAGAGCUGGAUGCUGCUAUUCACGCGCUCCGGAAGCCGAACAGAGAGCUCGUCUCCAAGGACCUGGCAGACGAUGCGUCGAAACGGGUUAUAAGCGGCGGAGGCAGUUCAAGAAAGUCAAGAAACCCCGUGCGCAAUCCGUUCGGCGAAGGUGUACAGGUCAUGGCGACUCCUCGAGGCAAUCGAAGGAAGGACGCGGUGGUCGGGCUACCGCCGCUCCCUCGUAGUCUGGCCCCAUCCCGGUCAUUUGCCGGUGUGGAAAAUUCUCCUUUCGGCGAAUCUCCCAUAAUGAUCCCAUCCUCGAGUCGACGGGCAAUCUCAUUCUCUGGCGCCGACUCUGACCCUUUCAAUUCUCAUGACAAUCUACACGAUGGACGAAGUCCACGAUCAAGUCAACCGGACGGAGCUAUUCAAGAAACUCCAACUAGGCCAUCAUCCAAAAUUUUCCAGAGUGAUACCAUAGCUGCCCGUCGGCCAUCAUCCUCCACUGGCAAAGGCCUGUUCAGGGUGCCGAACCUCCCAGCUCCUCGCUCAUCCACACAACCAAUGGUUCCAGGCUCCCCCAUCCAUUCCCGCCCUAAGAACAUCUCCGCAUUCACGGAAAACCUGUCGACAUCAUCUCGACAAUUCAGCCAGUCUCUCAACCAGGCUCGCACUUCGGCCAUCAUGGAGACGCCACCCAGAAGACAGGCACCGCAGAGUAUAUCUACUCCCACUGCUGUGCCAUUUUCUCUAUCGCUUGAUGCCAUGGUCACCGAUAAUCCUCGCGCUCACUCCCCACCUGCCAUCAUGGGAACCCCCGUCAAAGGCGCCGCAGCUAUCCCCGUAACGCCCGAGAAAUCACAGUCCAAGUCGAUAUACGAGCAGUUGGGGUGGGAUGACGAGAUGGAAUUCUAA